AAAAAAAAAAAAAAAAUUCUUUCGUCUUUGUUAUCUCACUCGAUUAGCAUAACUUCUUGUUCUCUCUCGAGUUUUUCGCUUGGAAGAUAGUGAUGAAGAAAUAAAGGCAAAUCAUCCCAAUCGAAAUACAAAGGGCUGAAGCUUCAUAAUACUUUUUGAGUAUUUAAAAAGGCGAAGAAAAUGUGAGGAAGAGAUGCAACUGGAAGAAGGGGGGAAAAUGUAGAAACAACAAAGGAGUUAGCUGCUGAACAAUAAGAAUUGCCUCAUUACUGUUAGCAAUUUGUUUUGGUCUCAAGUUUGUUUCCAUGUUAUUCAACAGAAUGGAGAUAUAUUUUUAGAAAAUCCAGAAGAAUGGCGGACCUACCGUUUAAACCGUUAGAGAAAGUUAUUGACAAAGUAUUGGAAGCGAGUAUUCGGCAACUUGAUUAUAUAAUCAAUUACAAAGACCAUGAAGAAGAGUUGAAAGAACUCAUUAAGACUCUUGAAAGUAAUAAGGAAACGGUAGAUGGGAAAGUUAAAGCUGCUAAAGACAAUGUAAACGAAAUGACAUCUACUGCUCGAGAUUGGCUCGACAAGGUGGCAACGAAGCUGGAAGAAAGUAAGGAGUUUCACGAUGACAAAAUGCUUGAAUCCAAGACAAGUUGCUUUAGCGGGGGGUGCUCUAGCGGGGCUCUGCCUUUCUUGUGGCACAGGCGUCAACUUGGCAGGAAAGCAAAGAAGAUAUUGGCACCGGCAAUCAAAGAGCUAAAUCAGGAAGCACCCAACAUUCUUGCAAAUAUUUCACUUCCACCAGCUGUAACGUUUGCGGAUAUCAAUCCACUUGAUGGUGACUAUCUUGAAUUCGAAUCAAGGAAGGGUAUCAUUGAGAAAAUCCUGGAGCAACUAAAAGAUUCCACGGUGAGAAUGGUUGGACUGCAUGGGCCUAGUGGUGUGGGCAAGACCUCUCUCGUCAAACGAAUUGCAAAGCAGGCUGGCGACAGCAAAUUGUUUGAUACGGUGGUCAUGGCAAUCGUGAAGAAAGAUCCAGACCUUCUAAAGGUUCAGCAAGAUAUCGCUGACGGUUUAAGAUUAACCUUUGGAAAUAUAGGUGAGAAUGGGAGAGCAACACUUCUGAGGAAGAGGCUGAAACAGGAGAAUACCUUUGUGAUCUUAGAUGACCUUUGGGAUGAACUGGACUUGAAUAAGAUUGGGAUUCCAUUUGAUGAUGACGAUGUCGUUUCAAGCCACGUGACUAGCAGCAAAAAGGAAGAGGAAGAGCAAAGGGCAAGUGAAAAUUCUCCUGGCAGUUCUGGCACCAGCAAGCGGGGAUGCAAAAUUUUGGUCACCUCAAGAUAUAAAGAAGUGUUGCUCGGUAAGAUGAAUGUUAAAGAAAAAUUAAUUUCCUCUGUCCCCAAGUUAGAUGAAAAGGAUACUCUGACAUUGUUCAAGAAGGUGGUUGAAAUGUCAAAUGAAAUUCCCAAGUUCAACCCAGAAACCCUUCAUAAUUAUUGUGCUGGGUUACCAAUGGCAGUUAUUAUAGUCGGAAGGUGGUUAAUGAAGAAGAACAAGCUAGAGUGGGAAGGCGAACUAGAAAGACUCAAAAACCAACAAGGAUCAAAUGAGGUGCACAGGUACAUGGAGAAUUCUGUGAAGAUGGGUUAUGAUCAUCUAGAAAGCGAGGAGCUCAAGUCCAUUUUCCUAGUGUGUGCUCAAAUGUAUCAUCAGUCAUUAAUUGUUGACUUGGUUAAGUACUGUUAUGGUUUGGGCAUACUUAAUGAUGUCCAUACACUGAGGGGCGCCCGCCAGAGUAUAUCCAAGUCAAUCCAGAUGCUAAAAAAUUCAGGCUUGUUGGAUAGUACUUCCAACGAUAAUUUCAAUAUGCACGAUAUAGUUCGAGAUGCUGCUCUAUCUAUAGCGUGCAAGAAUCAAAAUGUAUUUACCCUGAGAAACAAAACACUGGAUGUCUGGCCUCACAAGGAACAACUUGAGAGGUACUCUGCAAUUUAUCUACACAAGUGCCAUAUUGUGGAUGGGCUCCCAGAACGUGUUAACUGUCCUCGUCUUACAUUCUUUUAUAUUGACUGUGAUGAUUCAACUUUGAAAAUACCUGAUACAUUUUUUGAAGGAAUGGAAGAACUCAGAGUUUUAGUAUUGUCCGGAAUUCAUUUGCAGAGUCUGCCGUCUUCAAUCAAAUGCUUACCAAACCUCAGAAUGCUUUGCUUGGAGAAAUGCACUCUUCGUGACUUGUCCGUUUUAAAUCAUUUGAGAAAGUUGAGGAUUCUUAGCCUUUCAGGAUCUAGAAUUGAAGACUGGCCAACACAUUUGGACGGCUUAAGCAAGUUACAGUUUCUAGAUAUUAGCAAUUGUUUUAUAAGCAGCUCCACUAGGUCUUUAUCUUUAUCGAGCUUCCCUAAUUUGGAAGAAUUGUAUAUAGAAAAUAGCUUGACUAAAAUGGAGGUGGAAGGACAGAUAAAUCACAGUCAAAUUUCAGCUCUUUCUGAGUUGAAACAUCUGCAUCAGUUGAAUACUUUAGAUGCCUACAUUCCUAGUGCUGAACUUUUGCCAGCAGACUUGUUCUUUGACGAGUUGAAUGAUUACAAAAUUGUGAUUGGAGACUUUGAGACAAUUUCGAUCGGAGAUUUCAAGAUGCCCAAAAAGUAUGAAGCUUCAAGAUCUUUGGCACUGCAGCUAGAACCUGGCUUGGAUAUUCACUCCCUCAAAGGAGUCAAAUUGCUAUUCAAAGGAGUGGUGAAUUUCCUAUUGGGAGAGCUACACGGGGUUCAAAAUGUAUUUUAUGAGCUGAAUCUGAAUGGAUUUCCAGAUCUGAAACACUUUUCCAUCGUAAAUAACAAUGACAUUGAAUACAUUGUGAAUUCAACGGAGUUGUCACAACCUCAUGAUGCUUUUCCCAGUUUAGAGUUCCUCAGCCUGUUCAACCUAAAGAACAUAAAAAAGAUAUGUUGCAGUCCUAUUACAAAUUCCUCAUUCUCUAGACUAAAGAUAAUCAAAGUGAAGAUGUGCCCCCAAUUGAAGAGCAUAUUCUUCUUUUACAUUGUUGAAUUUCUUACUAGUCUAGAAACAAUUGAUGUCUCUGAAUGUGAUUCUCUACAAGCAGUUAUUAGUAAAGAAGAAGGAUCCAACAAGGUUGUGCUUCAUAAGUUAUGCUCUUUGACAUUACAGAAGUUACCAUCAUUUGUCAGUUUUUACAACAAUGCAGACAUGCCUUUGGAACCGGAAUCUAUGGAAAAGCAAGCAAGAAUCAAUGACGACAUAGGAAUUGUCCCAGCAGAGGAUGAGCAGAGUUCCACAACUUCCUUUUCUCUUUUUGAUGAAAAUGUAGAAAUUCCAAACUUAGAGAGCUUGAAGUUGUUCUCAAUCAAGAUCCACAGCAUAUGGAGCGAUCGAAUUUCAAAUGAUUGGUUUCAGAACUUGAUAAAAUUAACGUUGGUAGACUGUAACUUGACAUAUUUAUGCUCCUUGUCUAUGGCUCGCAGUCUCAAUAAGCUAAAAAGCAUCUCUAUAAGUAAGUGUUCACUAAUGGAGAAGUUAUUCAUCAGCAAAGAAAAUAACAAUGAGUAUUCGAAGGAUUGUAUCUUUCCUAAACUGGAGGAAAUCCAAUUGAGUGGAAUGGAGAUGUUAAAAGAAAUAUGGCCAUGUGAAAAUGAAGUAAGGGCAGAUUCAUUUUCUAGUCUCAUUUCUGUUGAUAUUAGCCACUGCAAUAAGAUUGACAAGAUUUUCCCUAGUCACAUGAAAUGUUGUUAUUUGAGUUUGAAAAGCUUGAAGGUUUAUUCAUGUGAGUGGGUGGAAUUCAUUUUCGAAAGUAGACUUCCUCCGCAACAAAGUGACGCAAAUAAAUCUGCAUUAUUGGAGGUUAUUCAUUUGGGUUCUCUCCCUUAUCUAAAGCAAGUAUGGAGUGAAGAUCCAAAAGGAGUGGUUAACUUCACAAAUGUGCAGAGUAUAGAGAUUUCUUCAUGUAACACAUUGAGCAAUGUGUUGCCAGCUUCUAUUGCCAAGGAUCUUGGAAAACUAGAAAGCUUUUCGAUACAAUAUUGUGAUCAUUUGGAGGAAAUCAUUGCGUGUGAUGGAGGAUCAGAAACAACAUUGAAGUUUCCUGAAGUAGUCUCCAUGUCAUUUAGGGACUUACCAAGCAUCCAAUGUUUCUACAAAGGGAGACAUAUUGUAGAGUGUCCAAACUUGAAGCAACUGACAAUGAUUGAGUGUCCAAAUUUGGAAAUAUUCAAAACAGAAAGUGUCAAUGAAGAAGAAAGAGCAUUCUUAUCGGUAGAAAAGGUAUUGUCCAAUUUGGAGCAUCUGACUAUUGACUCUAAAGGAGUAGAGUGGUUACUGAACAACACAGGCAAAUACCGCUUUACCUCUUUGAAAAAACUUCGCUUGCACACAUGGCAGAGUCAUCAUGACGAGACUCUAUACUGCUUCCUCCACACCAUUCCUAAUCUACAAAUCUUUCAAUUGCUUUAUGAUUCUAACAUUAGAGAGUUCGUGCCAAGUGGAAACACCGCACCCAAGCAAAGAUUGGGAACCGUAUUACUUCUUCAGGAAUUAACUUUGUGGGCAGAAGAGAUGGAGGAUAUUGGAUUUGAAAGAGAUCCUGCUCUUCAGAGAUCACUGCACCGCUUGGCUUUACUAUUCUGCCACAAAUUGAGGAGGUUGGCACAUUCUUCGGUGUCCUUCGCUCACUUGACAUGCUUGCAAGUAUAUUAUUGUGGUGAAUUGAAAACUCUAAUGACAUGCUCAACAGCAAAGAGCUUGGUUCAACUCACCACCUUGGAGGUAGAGUAUUGUCUUCAAUUAAAUGAAAUAGUUACCAAGGAUGAGCAGGAAAAUGACGAGGGGAUUCAAAUUGUCUUUGCCAACUUGAUAACUAUACAACUUAAAGACCUAACCAACCUCACAAGUUUCUGUAGCAACUCGAAUUGUGAGUUUUCGGUGCCAUUGUUGGAAAAAUUAAUUCUGAGAGAAUGUCCCAAGAUGAAAACGUUCACCGCAAAACACAUAACAGUGCCAAAGCUACAAAGGGUACUUGCCAGUAAAAGAUAUGGUGAGGAAGAGAAAGGGUAUUGGAAAGGAGACCUGAAUGCCACCAUUCAAAUGCUGUUUGCAGAUAAGGUUCAUUUGGAGCUUUCGAAUCAUCCAAACUUAAAACAAGUAUGGUGUGACAAAACUAUGGUGCAAGUGAACAUGUUUGAGAAUGUAAAAUCUUUGGUUGUGAAGAGAUGUGGUUAUCUUGUGCAUGUAAUUCCAUCUCAUUUGCUUCAUUGCUUUAAGAAUUUGGAAUAUCUGCAUGUAUCCGAUUGCCAUGGAGUGCAAGUCAUCUUUAAUAUGGACUACAGUAGCAAUAAGCAGGUCACAAAAGCAAUGCGGAUGUCUCGUUUGAAAAAAUUAUCUCUAGAGAAUCUACCAAAUUUGGAACAUGUGUGGGAUAAAGAUCCCAAAGGAAUUAUUCACUUUCAAGCUCUGCAAGAUUUGAACAUUUACAGAUGUGAUAGUCUCGAAUCUGUGUUUUCAACAUCCAUUGCUAAAGACCUUGCCAUGCUGAAUAAUCUUUCAGUAAAAGACUGUGAGAAAAUGGUAAAAAUCUUUGCAGAAGAUAAAAGAACCUCAGAAUUAGGAGACACCAAAACAUUUGAGCUUCCUUCUUUGACUUCACUGGUGCUUAGAGAGCUGCCAAUGCUCAAACACUUUUAUCCGGGACUACACAAGCUUCAAUUUCCGAAGCUAAAACAACUAUCUAUACAAGUCUCUAAAUGGAUGAUACUCAAUUGUCAAGAGGCAGAGACUUUUGUAGAUCAACAAGUUCUACUUCCAAUCGAGCAGGUUAAUCUCCUAUUUCAGAGCUUGGAGAAAUUAUCAUUUAAUAUGAGAGGCGUCAAGUUGACUUGGGAACUAAAGUCUCAGGUACUUGAGUUUGGAUAUUCAGAAAAAAGAGUUGAUAUGCUCUUUGAGGAAAAACCUAAGGCUGAUUAUGUUGAACUCCUAUGGCAUCUCGCUCUCAAAGGGUUAAGCAUCUCUUCUCUUCAUAAACUCAAAUCCAUUGGUUUGGAUCACUCGUGGAUACACCCCAUCCUUGAUAAUAUUCAAACAUUGGAAGUGAAGUGGUGUCUUGAUAUAAAGAACUUAGUAGCAAGCAAGGUGUCUUUCUCUAGUCUGACGAAAUUGGUUGUAUAUCAUUGCAAUGCUUUGUUGUAUGUGUUCACAUCUUCAACAGCAGAAACUUUGAGUCAACUCAAGCAUAUGGAGAUAAGAAAUUGUACAUCAAUGCGAGAGAUAAUAUGCAAAGAGGAUGAUGAAUCUAAUGAGAACAUAAUAUUUGAGCAGCUUCAGGUUUUGCAUCUUGAUGAGCUGCCAAUGCUGAGAUGGUUAUACUCAGGCAAACGUACUUUGUGUUUUCCAGCAUUGCAACAGUUAUUCAUGUUUGGCGAAUUCUGGAGAAUGACAACAUUCUGUCCCCACAUCCACAUAAUAAAUCUAAAUUCACUCAAGUUACGCUCAGGACAAGGCUGGAUUGCAUAUGAAGUCCAAUGGGAAGAUGAUGUUGAUACCACCAUUCGCAAAAUGAAUAACAAAAAAAUUUUGCUCAGAGAAAGUCUAUAUUUUCAAGAGAUGUGGCGUGCCUCAUUGCCGCUCUCUGAAGCAUGCUUCAGUAAUUUGGAGUCUUUGGUUGUGCAUCAAUGUGAUUUUUUAUCGGAAGUAAUACCUGCUAAUUUACUUCCUUUUUUAAAUAACAUGCGAAAAUUGGAAGUUCAAAAAUGUAGUUUUGUGAAAACUAUAUUUGAUGUGAAAUGCAUAACAAAAGACAGGACACUCCUACCAAUUAAAUUUUUACUGAAGGAGUUGGUCUUAGAAAAGUUGCCGAAUUUGGAUAGCAUUUGGAAUGAAGAUCCUGGUGGGGUACUCCAAUUUCAACGUAUACAACAAGUGCGUGUUGAUACAUGUAAAAGCCUUACAAGCUUAUUCCCAAAAUCAAUAGGCAAGGAUCUUGUAAAUCUUAAAACUCUAGAGUUGAAACAUUGUAAAAGCUUGGUGGAAAUCAUGGCAGGGAUUAAAACAACACCAGAAAGAGCAAUUUCAAACCCUAUUAAGUUCCUACUUUUGACUUCAUUGACACUGUUGGAUUUACCAAGCCUCAAUUGUUUUUACUGUUCAUUGCAUUGUAUCCUGUUGAAGACACUGAAUGGUCAUGAUCCACAAAUUGAGGACCAAGUCUGUUUCAAAGAGGUUACUCCCAAAUUGACCAACAUGUUGUUUGGUGAAAGAGAAGCUAAGAUGAUUGGACAUGAAGAAUGUGAGGGAAGCCACUUUGGCGACAUAAAUGUUCCUGAUAUGCAGAGUUUUAAUGUUGAGCUUGAGUCUGAUGAACUUCCAUAUAGAUUUCUCCAAAAGGUGUCCUGUAUAAAAACUCUCCAAGUGAAAAAUAGUUCUAUCAAAGAGAUAUUUUGCUCUAAAAGGCCUAGUUUGGAUUGCACCCAAUUUCUACCGCAUCUUAAAGAAUUGAAGUUGGCUUCUCUUUCUGAACUAAUUUCCAUAGGAUUUGAACACUCUUGGAUACGAGAAUCAUCCAUUCUCAAAACUCUGGUAACCUUAGAAGUAAGAAGCUGCUCUGGUUUAACAAGCUUAGUUUCUUCUCCUGUAUAUUUCUCCAAUCUAACGCAUUUGAUUGUAUCUAAAUGCGAUAGCAUGAUAUAUUUGUUCACAUCUGCAACAACUAAAAGUUUGACUCAACUCAAAAAAAUAGAAAUAUCUAAUUGUAAAUCCAUGCAAUGGAUUGUGUCUAAUGAAGGAGAAGAAUCACUUCAUGAUGAGAUAGUAUUUGAGCAGCUGCAAGAAUUACAAUUUGAGAGUUUAGAAAACCUUAGAAGAUUUUACAAUGGGGGUUUUACCUUAAGCUUUCCAUCAUUGGAGCAAUUGAAAGUAUUUAAGUGCAACAGGAUGGAGAUUUUCUGUGAAGGUACCAUCAAUACAAACAAGUUGUCAGCAGGUUUUUUUAAAUAUGGAGAUGCAACCCCAUUGGAAGUUGAUCUCAAUUCUACCUUACGUAAUAUUUACAGGACAGAGGUUGCAAGAUUUGUGAGGGAAGUAGAGGAAUUGAAGCUCAGCGAACACUCAAGGAUACAUGGAAUAUGGAAUGCUCCAUUUCGAGUCCCAUCCUUUUGCUUCAUCAGAUUGAAGAUUUUGAUUGUGGAAAAAUGUGAAUUCACGUGUAUUGUAAUACCCUCUCACAUACUCAGUUUGCUAUGCAAAUUAGAAGAAUUGGUAGUGCGACAAUGUGAUUCUGUGAAAGCAAUAUUUGAAGUGACACAUGAAGUGAAAGACACAAAUAUCAAUUCUUUAAGGUCCAGGUUGAAGAAAUUGACUAUUGAGCAGCUACUAAAUCUUGAACAUGUUUGGGAUUCAGAUCCUACUCAACAAAUUAGUUACUUUCAGAGCUUUCAAGAAGUCUACGUUCAGGGAUGCAACAACCUUCAAAGGUUAUUUCCAACAUCUGUAGCCGAAAAUUUGAAUAAACUUGAGAAACUGGGAAUAACAGAGUGUGAUAGAUUGGAGGAAAUUGUUGCAAAGGAUGAAGCAGAUGUUGAAGGAGCUCCUAAAGAGUUUGCAUUGCAAAGCAUGACCUCCAUAAAACUGUUGUCUUUGCCAGAAUUGAAAUGUUUCUACCCUGCACCCCACAAGUUAGAAUGCCCCAAGCUAGAGGAAGUGCACUUAUUCCACUGUGACAAGGUGAAUACAUUCGAAUGUGUGUCUCAGAGAUAUCAACAUCCACAAGCAGAGAAUCAAGCCAUUUUCUUGUCAGAAAAGGUAAUUCCAAACUUAAAGUUUCUAGCACUGAGCAAGGAGGAGAUCAUGAUGAUGUGGCAUGAGCAGUUUCAUGUGAAUGGCCUUUCAAAAUUAGAAGCUCUUCAGUUGCAAUGUUUUCAUGACGAUUCAGAUACUUUUCCAUAUGAAGUACUCCGACAGCUUCCCAACAUAGAAAAUCUUGCUGUGAAUUGUAGCUCUUUCAAAGAGAUAUUCUACUCUCAGAGUCCCAACAUGGACGACGGCAAAGGAAUUCUUCCUCAUUUAAAAUGUUUGCAGUUGAUUAAGCUGUCUAAACUGAAGUCCAUUGGAUUAGAACAUGCAUGGAUGGAUCUCAUUUCUAAAAAUCUUGAAAAGUUGCUAAUAGACCAGUGUCAUUGUUUGAGGAGCAUAGUACCAAGCAAGUUAUCGUUCUCCAGCCUAAUAGAAUUGAACAUAUCAGAAUGCAAUGGUCUUGUGAGUUUGUUCACACCUUCAACAAGCAGAACUUUGCAUCAACUGAAGAACAUGUCAGUAAAAGAUUGUGAAUCAUUAGAAGAGAUAGUGUCAAAAGAGACAGAAGAGUCAUCAGAGCUUGUUGAAGAAGAGAUAAUAGUGUUUCAUAAAUUGAAAACUCUGUCCCUUUGCUCCCUACCAAACCUUGGAAAGUUUUACAAUGGAAACAUUGCCUUAAAAUUCCCAUUACUGGACAAAUUCUCACUAAUAGAUUGCCAAAAGAUGGAGAGCUUUUGUGCAGGUGCUGUCAGUGUCAACAGGUGGACGGAAGUUGAAUUUAAGAAGAAUAAAAAAGCAGUAUUGUUGGAAGUUGAUCUUAACUGUGCUGUACAGCAGGCAUUUGAAGGGAUGUUUUAUUAAGCGGAAUCUAAUUCCAGUAAUGAAGUUAGAGACAAAAUGAGGAUACCCACAUGGACAAGACAUUGAUGAAGAGGAAGGAAUAUUGGCAACUUGACUUUUAUGUUGUAUUUCUUUUCCAAAAACAACUAAAAAAAUUUAAAAAAAAUUAGAGUGUGCAUGUGUGGUGUGGUUAUAAGUUAAAAAAAAAAAACAAAAAAAGGGGUUGAGGAUGAUCUAUGCUAGUGUAGCCAUGUGUGUGAAAUGUGAUUGCAUUGUAAGUCAUGGAUAAUGGAUGAUAACAGUAUGUUAAACUGUAUUACUUAUUUUGCUUUAUUCAUUCUUUUAAGUACUUU